AUGAGACUGUUUUCAACAUUUUUAAUAGGGGCGGCUAUCGCUAGCCGUUCCACCCGCAACUCUUGGAAGAAACUCGAGCGAGAGGGGACUUCUAAGUAUGACGAGCUCAAGAAAGUCACUUCAAAGAGCGACCACGGCGAAGAGAUCACCGAGAUCGAGAGACAAUGGGAGGUCAGCCUCAAGGAAGGUCACCAGCAGGUUGAUAUCUUUGUUGGGCGAACCUCCCUUAUUGACCGAAACCCCGGACAAUGCUCGCUCCACUGGAAUCUCUGCCCAAAUCAUUGUACCCUUGAUCAUGAGCUUCCCGAUAAGUUCACGAAAAUUCGCGGUAACAUCAUGGCCGAGCACAAAAACUACCAAGAUCGAGUCAGUGCGGCACGAGACGAAAUCGUCGAGGAUCUCAAGGGCAAGAUGGAUGAGUUCAACGGCUUGAUGACCGACAUCUCAAAGAACAGGAAUGAGCUUGAGGCUCAAGAAAGUCGCUUUCUCGCUACACUCCAGCAGGAUUACCAGCGAGUUCAAAGCGUCAACGACCGCCUCAUGGCCCUCCGAGAUAACGCCCGAGAGGACAAGCAAGGAUACAUGGAGCUCAAUAAGCGUGCCAGUGAUGCCUACGACUCUUGCUACGACCAAGCGCCUUGCUUCGGAACUCAGCGAUGCCGAUUCGGUGUCCCAUCUGGCUCCUCUUGCGCUGAUAUCGUCGAAGAUCUCACCGAAGAGACUGGCUACCAAUCUGAGCUUCGAGUUUCUUCAGGUGUAUACAUGGUCAACACGAAUGCUGGUGCCAAGCCCGUUCAAUGCGAGUUCAGCUCUUCUGGAAACGCCUGGACUGUCUUCCACCACUACGAAAACAGAACUUACUCAGCAGGCAACUGGAAGAACGGAUUUGGUGCAGCUGCCAGCUUCGGUGAUGCCGCUUGCGGACCAGCCAAUUACUGGGCCGGUGAUGAUUUCAUCGACGCCGUUCUGGACAACUCUGACAAGCUCCUCGCGCAGACGGAUAACGACGUUUCCGUCUUUAACAUCAGGUCUUCCCGAGGUCAGUAUCAGGCAUCUAACGGCUCUCCAAUGUGCGAUGGUGGAUCGACUCUUGAUGCCAAUGCCGUCUCCAAUGUUCUGAACAACCAUCGUGGAUAUGAACAGUUUACUCGACUCGCUGUCGGCCAACUGAAAGAAAAGAACGACCAUCCUAAAUGCCUCGCUGUUGGCGAUUACGGUGCAUACGGUGGUGGACCAGUAUACGAAGGUGGUGACUACGGCUCAUACGGAGGCAAGGACUACUACGGAUAA